GAAAGUUGCCAACCCUAAUUGAGAGCCCUAUCAUUCUCUGUAUCGUACUUCUCUCUCUAUCAAACACUGGCACAGUGCUACUAAAUAAUAACCUCCUGCUCGCGCUCCUCAGAUUGGGAUAUUUGAUAUUUCUUUUCUCUCUCGGGAAAAAGCACAAACACAGAAAAAGCACAAAAGCACAGCUGCAAAACACGCGUCUUUACUAGGCAUAUUCUUCCUUGAGUCAUACUAUCGCAUUCUCUCCUCUUUAUAAAAGCCUCACCAACCCUGAUUUCGUGGCUUCGCUUCACUGUCCUCUUUCGCUUGUUUCUCCUCUUUGAGUCUUUUAGGGUGUUAUUGGCCUUUUGGGUUCUUUCUAGAGACGUUUAUAGAAACAGAGUCUUUAUGGCUGAAGAGGGUGUUGCUGUGUCCAAUGAUUUGCCUGUUAAGAGACCCAGAGAAGAUGGAGAGAAUGUGCCCUCUCCGACUACUGUCGUUAUGGAGACAGAGGGUAACGCUGAGAACAACAACAGUAAUAAUGAUCAUAUAUCCUCUGUUAUUCCUGGUUGGUUCUCUGAGAUUAGCCCAAUGUGGCCUGGAGAGGCACACUCCUUAAAAGUGGAGAAGAUCUUAUUUCAAGGGAAGUCUGACUACCAGAACGUCAUGGUCUUUCAGUCAUCAACAUAUGGAAAGGUUCUUGUUUUGGAUGGGGUGAUUCAACUCACAGAGAGGGACGAAUGUGCAUAUCAAGAAAUGAUAACUCACCUCCCACUCUGUUCAAUUCCAAACCCAAAGAAGGUUUUGGUUAUCGGUGGAGGAGAUGGUGGCGUCCUCCGAGAAGUAGCUCGGCAUUCAUCUGUUGAACAGAUUGUCAUAUGUGAAAUAGAUCAGAUGGUUGUUGAUGUUUCCAAAGAAUUUUUCCCUGAUAUAGCAGUGGGAUAUGAGGAUCCUCGCGUGACACUCCAUGUUGGUGAUGGAGUUGCUUUUCUGAAGGAUGUUCCUGCUGGAACAUAUGAUGCAAUCAUAGUAGAUUCUUCUGACCCAAUAGGUCCUGCAAAAGAGCUGUUUGAGAAGCCAUUUUUUGAGUCAGUAGCAAAGGCUCUUCGUCCUGGAGGGGUUGUAUGUACUCAGGCAGAAAGUAUCUGGCUUCAUAUGCAUCUUAUCGAGGAUAUUGUAGCAAACUGCCGUCAAGUCUUCAAAGGCUCUGUGAAUUAUGCUUGGACAACUGUUCCAACUUAUCCAAGUGGGGUGAUAGGUUUCAUGCUUUGCUCUACUGAGGGACCUGCUGUUGAUUUCAAGCAUCCAGUGAAUCCCAUUGAUGCUGAUGAUGACAACUCAAGGAGACCCAUGAAAUUUUACAAUUCGGAGAUUCAUACAGCUGCCUUUUGCUUGCCAUCUUUUGCAAAGAAGGUGAUUGAUUCCAAAGCUAAAUGAAGGAAUGUUGGAGAACACUAUGGUGCAGAGCGUCGAGCCUUCAUCCUUACUAACAUAGUCCAUCUGGCAAUGAGCCAUGGAAUAAGUUAUUUGCAGAGUUUGUUUUAGUAGGAUGCCCUCGUACUUAUAUAUCAUUUUCCAUUCCUGAUGAGUAAGAGUCUGCAAAUUUUUUCAAAAAGCAGUUGCAUGACGUUAAAAUUUUCCUUUUC